GGGUCCUUUGCUUAAUUUGGUUGCCAGACAAAAAAAGCCUAGGGAAAAAUAGCAGUUUCACUGCAUGUUUUCUCAUAAAUCCCAACUAUAUAAACCCCUCAUCUCUUUUCACUCUCUACUUCCUCAACCAUUUCUCUGCCUAUCUCAUUCUUGUAUUUUGGACAAACACUAUUUACAAACAGAGAAAGUUUCAAUUACAUUGGACUUUAAUCGUCAAUGGCUAGACCACAACAGCGAUAUAGAGGCGUUCGACAGAGACAUUGGGGUUCUUGGGUCUCCGAAAUUCGCCAUCCUUUAUUGAAGACAAGAAUUUGGUUAGGAACAUUUGAGACAGCAGAAGAUGCAGCAAGAGCAUAUGAUGAAGCAGCAAGGCUUAUGUGUGGUCAAAGGGCUAGAACCAAUUUCCCAUACAACCAAAACAUGCCACAGACAUCUUCCUCAAAGAUUCUCUCAGCUAAUUUGACAGCCAAGUUGCACAAAUGUUACAUGGCUUCACUUCAAAUGGCCAAAACCUCAGCACAAGAAAAGAAAAUUCAACCAAAAAAUGUACCCAUUCAAGAAAAUGUUGGCUAUGAAAUGAAACAACAAAUGGUAGUGCCAAAGCCAUCUGUAUUGACACAAGAUGUGGAGAGCAUACCACAAUUUGUUAAGCCACUUGAAGAUGAUCACAUAGAACAAAUGAUUGAAGAACUAUUGGAUUAUGGGUCCAUUGAGCUUUGCUCGAAUAUUACUUCUCAGUAAAAGAGAUAUUAUAAAGCGGUAUCUUGGGCAAGCUUGCACGUACCUCGACUGCUUUUGGUGAUGUUCCUCCUCAGUGAUUGUCUCCUCUCAGGCCUACAUUGUGUCUGAACUAGAAAGCUAUCCGAAUUUGCUUAUUUAACCACAUAGGUAUAAGUACUAGUUAUUUCAUGAGCCUCUCCGUCUAAAAUCUAUACAUCAUUAGUAGUUAGGCCUUUCCUUCUCUUAUUGGUUCCUAGAGUUCUUGCUUUAAGAGAACCUUCUAUUAGUUGUAUGUCCAGUGUAAUUAAAAGAAACAUGUUACGCCACUAUUAAUAUCAUAAGUAUCACAUAUAUAUUCCAGAGUA